AACAACAGGAAACCGACCGAUUCUAAUGCUGUUUCUGCAAAUCUGUGUUAGAUAAAGCAGUGGACGGCUAGGUCCAAGCCAACGAACAGUCACGCUAUGUCUUUUCCUAGGUCAUUCUAUUAAGGAAAGACUAUCUAAAGGACUUGAAGUUUUAAAAGUGACGUCACUUCUGCUCGCAGCCUCCAACCGUGUGGUUUGUCAGUGUGAGCGGAUGCAGACAUUUGGGAGCUGUUUGCUGGGAUUUCUAUGGCUGCCUUUUGAUUUACCAUCUCAACCUUUCUAGAGGUCAUAUGGAUCAGUCGCUGUGCUUUCAAGGAACUUUUUUGUUUAAUCACCUGGACUACUAACUGGAGCCACAUGAAGAAUAAAGGAACUAAGCAGAAGUCUAAAAAGAAAGGAAGUGAAAAUGCGUUCGGCUGUGACCUGACAGAACAUCUCCAGAAUUCGGGACAAGAUGUUCCUCAGGUUCUGAAGAAAUGUGCGGAGUUUAUUGAGAAGUAUGGGAUUGUGGAUGGGAUCUACAGACUCUCGGGUGUAUCUUCAAAUAUCCAGCGUCUCAGGCAGGAAUUCUGCUCUGAGGCGUGCCCUGACCUUACAAAGGAAGUGUACCUCCAGGACAUCCACUGUGUGGGUUCCUUAUGUAAGCUGUACUUCAGGGAGCUACCCAAUCCCCUGCUUACCUUCGAGCUAUACAGUAAAUUCACUGAAGCCAUCUCUGUUGCCGGAGAUCAUGAGAGACUUUUACACAUUCAGACGGUCAUCAAAGAGCUGCCACCCCCUCAUUUUAGGACUCUGGAGUUCCUUACAAAGCACCUGGCCCACCUGGCCACCUUAAGCAAUCAGACAAACAUGCAUACACGUAACCUGGCCCUUGUGUGGGCUCCAAAUCUGCUGAGAUCUAAGGAUAUUGAGGGAUUGUCUGGCAACGGAGACAUGGCCUUUCAAGAAGUGCGGAAACAACAGUCAGUGGUUGAGUUUAUAUUAAACCACACCGAGCAGAUCUUUAGUGGUGAUUCACUGCAAGUUAAACCCAAAGAAGGACCAAGUUUGGUGUGUGGGGAGAAGUAUGCCACACUCCCAAUCAGCGGGCAGUGUGGGCCAAUGAAGCUGGUGAGCCUAGAAGAAGCUCAGGCCCGUUCCCUAAGUCCCAACCAUCCUGUCCAUAAAGAACGGCAGCGAGAGAACAGCCUGCCCGACACCAGCACUGCCAUGCUAUAUCACACUGUCAUAGACAUAUCAGACAACAAGAGAAAGAUUUCUGGGAAAUCAAAGAAAUGGAAGUCCAUCUUCAACCUGGGCAGGUCUGUGGACUCAAAGGGAAAACUGAGCCGGAACGGUAGUGUGUUUGUAAGAGCGCAGGGUAUGACCGAAAAGGCAGCUCUUCGUCCAUCCAGGAGCAUGGAAUCCUUGUGCUCCUUACCAACAGAUGAUGACAGAGCAGGAAGCAAUAGUCCAACAGGUGGACCUGACAGUAUUUUUAUUCCGGAUGUAAAAUCCAGAACUCUGGGAUCUGACUCGCUCUAUGACCUGAGUGAACGUGAACAAAACUGGGAGUUUAAAGGGAAGAUGCCUAGCAGUGCCACCGUUGGCUGGAGCUCCAGGAUGAGCCAUAAGGACUCACCAGGAGCUUCCGCACCACCUCAGAAAAACUUGCCAGAGCAACUCAAGGUGUUCAAAGGCGAUGACCUAAACAGCUACAAGCCCACUUCUCCCAAAAACAGGAGGAUGUUGUACUCAGGCUCUUCCCAAAGCAGUUCCUCUCGACCUUCAUUCCCAGGAAGCUUCUUCCCACUGGAGUCUUCGCCGAGGCAUCAGCGCAGAGCCGUUAACAUAUCUGAGCCUUUUGCUGUGUCUGUGCCUCUGCGCGUGUCAGCUGUUAUCAGCUCCAACAGCACACCGUGCAGGGUGCACAGCAAAGACAAAGCACCAGCUCUGAAACCCUGCAAAGAGCCGUCAGAGCAGAUGAGCAACAUCAGGAAGAGCAACACUUUCCCUUUACUGGAACCAAAGAAGCAGGAAGGAGCAGCGAAGAAAAACACUGAGGUGCUGACCUGUACAGUAUCACCACAGGAUAAAAGCAAAAAAGUGAUGCAAGAAAGUAAAGGAGGGAGAAAUACUUCUGAACUGGAAGCACUGUCCCGUGCACAUACAAGCCAAGUCAAAGAGGCAGCGCCAUCUUCUGGGGAAGACCUGCACAACCAGCCCAAAGAUGCACGACUGGAUGAUAAAUCUGGGAAAAAGCUUUGGUCCCACCUUGACCAAGAAUUGAAGAUUACUGAGCCUGAAAUGUGUCUGCUGGAUGAGACCUUCAAACCAGUUUUCACCUCAAUCAGCACUUGUGGGAGCACUAAGUUAACAAUGGAUGUUAAGUCCAAGCGAAGUCGCAGCUCUCCAUCUUUAUCUUUACUAUGUCGGGAGCAAUCUUCAAAUACCUCUGAGAGCGAGCGCGCCAGCCGAGCUGACCCCAGAAAGAAACAGCCCUCAGAAUCAGACCUUUUGUUUGAUCACCAUAAAGAUUUUGACGUUAUCUCUGGGGGACAUACUGAAAAUGUCCGCCCUAGUGAACUAGGGAAUGAUUCACCGAAGCCGCCAAAGCAAAAAACAGCCUCAAAGGACGCUGACCACCACUGCACCAAACAGGGCCAACUUCCUCUAAAGAAAAGCAGUUUGGAUCUUCUUAUAAGUCCUUUAACUAUAGAGGAUGUUCCACAGGUUGCAAGUUUCUCAGGUGCAGGUGGUGCACACAGAACAUCUGAGAAAUCUGAAAUGUCUCUAAAGGAUAAAGAAAUCUCACAAAAUAGAGCAAAGAUGGAAGCUAAUCUGAGACUUUCAGUUUAUUUAGCGGAAAAACGCAACACUCUGGAGCUGUCACACCUUGACGAUGAAGAGGGAUAUGGAGGAAUUUCUGAGGAGCUGGACCUAGUGGAGCCCUGGGAGGAUCUUAGCUCUAAUAAGCAGUGGGUAACCAGCCCUCUCCACUCGCCUGAUGUGGAGGAACUGUUUAACCAGCUCUCCCCCUUCAGUUCUAAUGGAGAAACUCUGAGUUUAGCGGUAGGGAAGCUUUCUGCACCGUCGGUUGAGAAACGAUCCUUUGUGAAGAGCCUUGAGCAACUCUCAGGAAACCUUCCUCAGCAUGCCAACAGUAAUCUGGAAACUAAAUGGACGUACAUGCCAAAAAUAACUACACGAUCAGGUUUGAACACUGGGAACUCGACACAAUCUCAGACAGCCAAGUGCAGCGCAACCAAACAAAAGGGCACAGCUCAGAAAUUUACCAGACAAACGUCUUAUGAACCAGCUGUGUCAGAGAAAAGAGAGGAAAAUCACUCUUCCAAACACCGGCCAUAUUCCCUCAACUUAGAUCUGGGGCAUCGGUGCAUUAGAGAUAUUUCUAAUCAGCAAAACUGUAAGUCAGAGUUGUCCUCUUGUCAGAGGGGAUUUCUGUCUUCAUCCGGUGCUAUAAACAAAGGGCACUCUGAGCUGGACCUCUUUCUGAAUGAUCGGCAGGCACCUCUCCGGAGGAACUCUGCCCCAGUCAGCGUGUCAUCAGUGCGGACAGCCUUCAUGAUAAAAACAUGCCAAGCCAAAGCUGUUCCUGUCAUCCCUCCAAAGGUGCAGUAUAGUCAGAUACCUCAAUCCCGGCAGGAAAGUGAUUUCAAGGCAGUGACGGAUCAAGAAAAGGAGUGUACGAAAGCGAGCGCAGACACAUGCAAUGUCCCACCUCCCUCCACAACCUCAAAUCUGAAGGAGGAGCUGGAGAAUAAAGAGCCUGGCCUCAAAUAUCAAAAACAUCCAAAUGUUGAGAAAUUAUCUGACUCUGGGAAGACCGCAUCCGCCCCAGUGGAAUUGCCGGUCAUAACCAGGAGACACCCCCCCAGUCUGGAAGUUUUCGUAGAUGGUCCCAGACCCAACCGCGGAAACGUGCUACAGAGACCGUCCUUUAGGAAUAGACAGAGACCCCAGAGUCUAAUCCUGCUCAGCCCACCUUUCCCCAUAAUGGACUAUCCACCGUCAGGGGACGAUGGGAAGCUCCUCUCAUCAAUCAAGAGCUUGAACGACACCUCAGCGGUGAAUGUCUUCUCUAAAGAGAUUGCAGAGAAUUUCAGGACGCCUGAUGGAGUCGCUCUUCAAAGUAAAAUGACGAUUCCAAAAAGCGGGCAGAGACUGGAGACAUCAACCAGCUGCUUUUACCAGCCUCAGAGGCGGUCCAUGAUAUUUGAGAGCAGGAGCCACAGGCAGAUUGAGUGACUGCACGUGGGCUCACUGACUGUGAGCCAUGUAAAUAGAUGCAAAACCUUAAGAGACUCUGCAAACCGAGAAGAAUGACUGAUAACCUAAGUAGAGCUAAUUUAAGUUUGUCAAAUGCCUGGAAAAGAAAGCCAUAAUGUAAGUGAGACUGAAAUUUUGUGGGGGUUUUUUAAGACAUUUUUUGUAUUGUAUGUGAAUUUAUAUCAAGUGUUCAGAAAGGGACUUCAUGAAAUGUUUUUGUAUGUUUUUUGUAACUUGGCAACAGCUUAUUGACUAAAAGAACAAAAUCCUUCGAGCAGAACCGGGUAAUCAUAGGAAAAAUGAUUUUGUAGGAAUUGUAGGCUGCUUCCACUCCCUCUCUGCUGUUUCAGAUCUGUCUCUGUUGCCUCCGACUGCCUACAUGUACAGGUCAGUAACUACUGCACACAAAGAGGCAGUGCUGAAUGACACACCCUUUCCUAGUAAGACAUGGCUCCUCAUACAUACUCAGGCUUGUCUAUUGUGGGUACAUCUGUGUACUAAUCAUCUCUGACGCAAACGUAACACAUCCCAUCAUGAACGACACACACAUGUGCAGGAAGCCAAGCUCAGCAGGUGAACUCUGUCGGGCAGUUUUUACCCAUACACUCACAGGAUGUCAAGGUGUUCUUUACUCCUCUCAAAAUGAAUAGUUUCACAGAGAAGUGCAAUGAACUACAGAAACACAUGGCUUUAAUGCAGCUUCACAUGGUGCCACAAUGAUAAACGGCUCAUCCCACCCACAACACAGGAAUGCUGUUUGCAAUGGAAAGCAGAGCAGGGGGAAAAAAAAGUUAAGUCAAACCAUACUUCGCAAUGGAAAAGCAGCACUAAAAGACUGCUCAUGUUAGAAAUGCAAGAGGCAACAGUAACAGUACAACUGAGUUAAAAAGACUCCUGUGGUAAUACAAAUAUACAGAAGAUAUAUUUGAUCUGUAUUCAAGUAAUAACUUCAAGUCAACUAUUGAUUCUGAGGGUAAAAGUAAGACAAGAAAUACACACCUGGAGCACGGUUCUUAACCCCUGUGUGCUCUCUUGGGGUCGUUAAUACCCCGUUUUCGCUAAAUCUGAUAUGAGUGACCCUGGGAAGGCGGUCAGAAAAGUUAUUUCUCACAAAUAGUUUCAUAUGUAACCUUUUGCUACCAGUGGAAGAAUGUUACUGAUUAUUCUUGGAGCGAGCUCACAGGGUGUACGCCAUCCUCUGAGGGAGACUGAUACGUGUAGUUACAAUCUGUAAAAAUGACCAAAGAUUGAAAUGUAAUGAUUAACCUUUAACCUUUUAGGUUUAUGUAAGACGCGUGGGAUGCACAGACGUGCGGCGGUUAAUAGUUUCUCCUCACAGAGAGAGGCUCCUCUAUUCUAACCCCAACUCGGCCUUUCUCUCAUGUUCUCUGCAAUUUCUGUAAACUAAGCUGAAUGGCAGUUUUUUAAGUGUAGGUCUUUACUAUAUAAACAAGCUAGUUUGUAAUGAAAACAAAAAAUCAUUUUGAUAUUUUAUAAAUUUUUAAAAGUAAAAUAUAGGAUUGCUGCUCAUGACACAAUGUAUGUGCAUGCUGACUGUAGUCAAUGAUGCUUUGAUUUGGAGUCAGACUGUCAUGACCAGACUUUCUCUCUACGUUUCCUCCCUCUGUUCUCCUCUAAUUACCUUUUCUGCUACUUUUGUGGGAGCACCUAUGAAGAUGACAGUUUCUGAUGUUUAAAUUUAUUUAUGAAGCCAUGGAUGGGAUGGUGGUUUUAUACUGUAGUUUGGAUCAAAGGUUUGGGUGAGUGACGUUGAUGGAAAACAAUGUUUUUGUAACUUCUGUACACUUUGUCGAUACUGAAAUUGAUUUAACUAUAUGGAUUAAAAGAAAAACUCAUGAACAAAAAGAAAACAGGCUGAGAUAAGCGUUUUGCUGUAAUUGUCAGAUGACAGCGCUUAAAGUUUUGUUACAUGUUAUGAGAAUAAAAAGAAAGUUAGAACAUUUUCAUUUGACUGGCAGAUUAAUUUCUUUCUAGCAAACUAAAGAGCUGGUGUUCAAAGGUCAUGCUGUGG